AGUUCAUGAACGGAGAAACAGCUGGCUCCGGGCGACCACUCAGAAUGAAUGUCCGGGUCCUCUCCAACUCUACGGGCAUCUCGACAGACCGGUGGAAGCAGCUGUUUGCUCGGUUCGGCUUCUCCGAGUACACCGUGAACGAUCACGUGACCGCGAACGAGCAGGCUCUUGCCCUGGUGGCGUACCUGUCGCGCCCCGAGGAGAGGCUGGCCAUGCGGCGGGUCCUGGCCUGGAACGUCCUGCGCUACCUGAUCGGGCCCAAGGCGGACGUCGUGGCGGCGUUAAACUCGACCCGGGGUGAAGAAGCAGUUCCACCCAAGGACGCGGUUAUGCCAACGCCGGAGACAAAGUGUCAGCGACUAGUAGAGAGACUGAGUGGCUUGCCGCGAAGGGUCUUCGACUUAUUCGAAGGCGAGGAGGCAGUGUCCGCAGCGACCAUUUCGGACGUGACCAGCCUCAUGGCAGAGCUCCAGGACGCCGUUGCGUCCAUCUUCAAAAAUGGCGCGACGAAGGGCAGCUCCGUCGCGGCCAAAGGGGACUCGGCGCUUUCCCCUACAGCCAGUUCUACGACGUCACAAGCGGGGCUGUUCCCGGGUUCCAGAAGACUGGACGCUCACGCCAGACAUCCUUUCGCGGCGCUGGGAGGCGCUGUAAAGAGCACGGCUGGAACUGUGCUUGAGGGGCCCGGAGGCAGCUUCCCCAAGCGCUGGCUGCGCCGCCUCCGCGCAUGGCACGCCCUCCCCCCGCUGGCGCAAGCGCUGCUUCCGGCGAUGACGUCGGCGGUCAGCGUCGACUCGCCCGCCACCUUCUUCCGGCCACCUUUCUACGUUCCGCGAGCACCGCCGGCAUACAACCUCGCGGCGCUGGGUCAGGUCAUCGCCCGGGCCCUGGCGCAUGAGCUGGUCGAGCGGCGCCGUGCCAAUCCAGCCAUCGGAGAGCGCUGGCGUACUUUCUGGGAGAGCAGCGACGCCGCCGACAGCGACAGCACGUACUGCGUGCACGCCGGCCUCAACACGAACGACACCUGGCGGCAACACAGGCUUAACGAAAGCGAGCUCGCUGACAGGGCGCGCCUAGACGAAGUCCUGGGUUCCAGGAUAGCCUACGUAGCCUUCCAGAGGACCCGCCUCGCCAUCGCCGGGGCUGGUCGUCCGACGACGGAGCUACCGGGAGUGAAUCUGUCGAGCAAGCAGUUGUUCUUCGUUAUGCACUGCGCACUGGGAUGCGCCAUGGGAGGGGACCGAGAUUCCGUCCGAAGCCCGGCUGACCACCACCAGCGUUGCAUGGUCGUUUACCAGACGCGAAAGCGUCUCGUCGAUCGACCCUGCGGACAGCUCGCCAGUGGGAACAUUCCGAACGAUUGCCGCUACAUAUAAGCUGCUAUUAAAGACAAUC